ACGAUGGCUUCCUACCUCCUUUACGUUGUCGGCGCCCUGGGCAUCUGGAUUGCCUUGACCCAAUACUCCUGGCAGCAGCCUCAUGCAACAUGCCUUGAGCUUUCCACCCUCGUCGAAGGAAAGGUCUUCACUCCGAAAACCUCCACGUACAAGGAAUCGCUGUCCUCGUACUUCAGCUUCCAGGAACGAAGCCUGAAGCCCGCCUGCAUCGUCCGUCCAACCUCGGCCCAAGACGUGUCCACCAUCAUCAAGGCCCUGGCUACCGCGCACCGCAAAUCUGGUGAUAAGUUCGCCGUCCGCAGCAAUGGCCAAGCCCUCUUCGCCGGCGCCGCCAACAUCCACGACGGUGUGACCAUUGACCUCCGCGCCAUGCACGGCAUCCGCAUCAGCGAGGACCGCUCGACCGUCGAGAUCGAAUCCGGCGCCGCAUGGCGACAGGUCUUCAAGGAGCUCGACCCGCAGAACCUCACCGUGACAGGCGGACGAGCCGGUGCCAUCGGCACGGGAGGAUAUCUCCUCGGCGGAGGCCUCUCCAUCCUGGGCCCGGCCGUGGGAUGGGCCUGCGACACGGUGCUGGCGUACGAGGUCGUCCUGGCAAGCGGCGAGAUAGUCACCGUGACCAAGGACACGCACCGCGACCUCUUCCUCGCGCUCAAGGGCGGCUCCAACAACUUCGGCGUCGUGACCAAGUUCACCAUGACGACGUACCCGUUCCACGGUCUCUGGGGCGGAUUCUUGGUCUACCCAGGCGACAAUAUCCCCGGGCAGCUCAGCGCGUUUUCCGACUUCAUGGCGCCGGGGAGCUUCGAUGCGCAUGCGGACCCGAUUCUCAGCUUUUCGUGGACAUCGGAGUAUCGCGUGUUGAUGGGGGCGAAUGUCCUCUUGUACGCGAAGCCCGAAGAACGCCCAAGAUCAUUGAGGCCGUUUGUUGACGAUGUUCCCGCGCUGUUCAGCACGUUGCGCACCAUGUCCAUGCUAGACUUUGACAAUGAGGAGGACAGUCAUCAGUUUCCGGGGAUGUACACACUGUACUACACGACCACCUUCGCGCACUCCCCCACCGUUUAUGCCCCCAUCAUCUCAACCUUCAACAAGUCCAUCCCGCUGAUCUCCUCCGUCCCAAACAUGAACUGGCACCUAACGCUCCAACCCAGCCCCGCCCUAAAGGGCACAGACAACAGCCUUGGCCUUGACCCCAAGGAUGAACGGCUGAAUGUCCUCAUGCUCAUUGCGUUCUUCCCGGACCCGCAACACCAGCACGAUGUUCGCCAGGCUGCGGCUCGCGUGCUGGAUUCUAUUGAGGAGAUUACAAAGGCGGCUGGCGUGUAUCGGCCUUUCAAGUACAUGGGCUAUGCAGAUGAAAGCCAGGAUGUGAUUGGGGGGUAUGGGAAGGAGAGGAAGAAGAACCUGCAGGCGGCAAGUCAGAACGACUCGGGGAUUGGCUCAGGCCUCGCUCUGACCUUCCACCAGCGUGGCUACCAUGUCUUUGCAACCGCCCGCGAUCCCACCAAGAUGUCUUCCCUACGGGACCUCCCCAACGUCACUUUCCUCACGCUGGACGUUUGCCAGAAGGCUCACAUCGCAGCUGCCGUUGAGACCGUGUCGGAUCAUACCGGCAAGCUCGACGUCUUGGUCAACAAUGCGGGCCGUAUCCAUUUCAUGCCGAUUCUGGAUGACGAUCUCGAGGCUGUGAGGGACCUUUUUGAAACCAAUGUUUGGGGGCCGUUGGCACUCACGCAGGCGUUUGCGCCGUUGCUGAUCAGGGCGAGGGGUACCGUUGUGUUUAUGUCGAGUGUUUCGGGGUCGAUUAAUGUUCCAUAUAUGGGUACAUUCGCUGCCUCAAAAGGCUCCCUGGACCUCAUAGCCGAGACCCUCCGCCUUGAGCUCUCCCCUUUCAAUGUGCGUGUCCUCACCAUCGUCGCCGGUGCCGUGCGCAGCCUAGGUCAAACGCACUUUGCGGACUUUGCCCUCCCGUCGGGUUCGCUGUAUAAGGCUGUCGAAGGGACAGUCGCGGCGCGGGCCCGUGGCGAGGAUGGAGUGGUCAGAGAGGAUCAAGUGACUUUUUGUCAGAGGGUCGUGCAGGAAAUUAUGAAGGGUAAUGGGGGCCGGCUUUGGUAUGGGGGAAGUACGGGGAUUCUGAGGGUUUUGUGUGCAGUUUUGCCGCAGUGGAUGAUGGACCGUGUUCUGUCUCGGGGCAUGGGGCUUGAUGUUUUGGCCGCGCAGAAUCAAGGUUGAUGCUCGGUUUGGCUGGAUAAUGGUUCGCUUGGGUAAAACUCCU